GUUUUCAAACAGCCUGCUUAGUGAGAGGAAAGUACAGUGCCUGAUUGCUCUGACCUUAUCGGGAAACCUGUUUCAGAUUACAUUUCUGUGCAUGCGAGUUUGAUUUGGAGCCAGCUCGAACCAAUUAAGGCACUUAACUGUUCUGCUAUGGCAAAGGGAGAAGGAGCCGAGCAAUACUCCAACGCCAGUUUGUUGAAUAAAUCCGUCAGCUCGGAUGGAUUCAAGCUAGCAAGAAAGCAUGAGCACAGGUUGACGGUUUGUAACAAGCUAUGCUACGCAAUCGGCGGCGCACCCUAUCAGAUCACAGGAUGUGCCCUGGGCUUCUUUCUGCAGCUCUAUCUACUUGACGUAGCUCAGCUGGAUCCUUUCUUUGCCUCCAUCAUCUUGUUCGCUGGCCGAGCUUGGGACGCCGUAACGGACCCCACAGUGGGCUUCCUGGUCUCCCGAAGCCCAUGGACACGUAUUGGACGCAUGCUGCCCUGGAUCUUGUUCUCAACCCCUCUGGCUGUUCUCUCCUACUUCCUCAUCUGGUACGUUCCUCCCUUUGAGCAUGGCAAAGUCAUCUGGUACAUAUUCUUCUACUGCCUCUUCCAGACCCUCCAAACGUGUUUCCACGUGCCGUACUCUGCCCUCACCAUGUUCAUUAGCUCGGAGCAGAAAGAGAGGGACUCUGCCACGGCGUACAGGAUGACGGUGGAGGUUUUGGGCACCGUUCUUGGCACAGCCAUCCAGGGUCAGAUCGUGGGCAUGGCCAACGCUCCCUGCCUCCCCGGACCUGGUGAGAUCGUGGCAGACACGAGCAACGGCUCGUUAGUCGACCACAACGUGUCGGAUCACGGCAUCUCCCUGCAGCACACGAGAAACGCCUACAUGAUUGCAUCAGGUGUCAUCUGCUUGAUAUACAUCCUCUGUGCCAUCGUCCUGUUUUUUGGAGUUAGAGAGCAAAAAGAGUCGUGUCAGAUCAGGACUGAGCCCAUGCCCUUCUUCCAAGGGAUUCGUCUGGUGGUGGGGCACGGACCCUAUGCCAAGCUGGUCAUGGUCUUCCUCUUUACCUCACUGGGGUUUAUGCUCCUGGAGGGAAACUUCGCCCUGUUCUGCAGCUCCACGCUGGGUUUCAGAAAAGACUUUCAGAACAUUCUGCUGGUCAUCAUGCUCUCCGCUACGAUAGCCGUCCCGUUCUGGCAGUGGUUCUUGACCCGCUUCGGGAAGAAGAUGUCCGUUUAUGUUGGCUCCAUGUCUGUCAUUCCCUUCCUGAUCCUGGUCGUGUGCGUGAAGAGCAACCUCUACGUCACCUACGUCGUCUCGUUCAUCGCUGGGGUUGGAGUUGCUUCAGCUUUUCUGCUGCCCUGGUCCAUGCUGCCUGACGUUCUUGACGAUUUCAAAGUACAAAACCCCGACUCCACCGGGCACGAAGCGCUCUUCUAUUCAUUCUACGUUUUCUUCACCAAGUUCGCUUCCGGAGUCUCUCUGGGCGUCUCCACUCUGAGUUUGGA